GGCAGUCGCUUGAAAGUCUUUGUUCCGAUCAUGUGUUGCAGCUGCUGUGGAGUGACCCAACAAAAGGUCUGGGUUUUCGGAUUGGGAACCCUUUUCGUGGUCACCGGACUCAUGGCAGUAAUCUGCUGGCCAGGCUUCAUAGACACGCAAAUAAUGAAGGCCCUGCAAUUGACACCCACUUCGAAGACCUUUGAAAAGUGGGAGGAGCUACCCAUCCCAGUUUAUGUGUACAUGUAUCUCUGGAACUGGACAAAUGCGGCUGAUGUCCAAGCUUACGGGGUGAAACCAAGUUUCGAGCAACUGGGUCCUUAUGUUUACCGGGAGGAGAGGAAGAAAAUGGAUCUGGAGUGGCACGACAAUGGAACAGUGACCUUUAAUCCGCGAAGAACUUGGUUUUGGGAGGAGGAGCUGUCCGGUGGCAAGCAAACAGAUUUGAUUACUGCUCCUCAUUUACCAUCCCUGGCUGCUGCCAACCAAAUGCGCAAUAGCAACGCCUUUUUAAAGGUUAUGUUCAAUCAGGCUUUGAAUGCGAAUGGAGGACAUCUUUUUGUUACCCACACUGCAGCGGAAUGGCUCUUCGAUAGUUUCUACGAUGAGUUCUUGCACUACGCCAUGACCUUGAAUAAUCCUUUGGCUCCGGAAAUCGAAUCGGAUCACUUUGCCUGGUUCCUGAAUCGCAACGGAUCAAAGGACUUCGAAGGACCCUUCACCGUUCACACGGGAGUGGGCGACAUCAAGGAGAUGGGUGAAAUCAAGUAUUGGAAGGGUCAGAAUCACACGGGCUGGUACGAGGGUGAAUGUGGAAAGCUAAAUGGCAGCACCACCGAUCUUUUCGUGCCCGACGAACCGAAGGAAAAGGCCUUAACUAUUUUCAUACCCGACACCUGUCGAAUUAUAAAUCUGGAGUUUACGGGUGAGAGCGAAACUAUCCAGGGAAUUACUGGUUGGAAGUACGAAAUUACACCGAAUACUUUCGACAAUGGUCAGCUAAAUGGGAACAUGAAGUGCUGGUGUCCUUUGGAAAGGCAACCGGAUAAUUGUCCUGCCUCUGGAGCCACAGAUUUGAGUCCGUGUGCCGAAGGAGUUCCCAUGUAUUUAUCAGCAGAUCACUUCAUGUACGCCGAUGAGAGUUAUGGCAACACGAUCAACGGCUACUCACCAAACUAUGAUCAAAAUAACUUCUAUAUCAUCAUGGAGCGGAAGAUGGGAGUGCCCUUGAAGGUCAAUGCCAAUGUGAUGAUAACACUGUACAUAGAGUCGGAUACAAUUAUCGACAUACUGAAAGAUCUUCCCAGCUUCUAUGCUCCACUUUUCACCACCGCCAGUCGUGCGGAAAUUGACAAAGCUCUGGCUUCAGAACUGAAGUUGGCUCUCAAUCUACCAGCAAUUGGCAGAUAUACAGGAAUAGGAUUCCUUUGUCUGGGUUGCAUUCUUAUAGCCGUCGGCGUUUUAUUGACCGUAAAGAGGAAAUGGUACGGCCAAAGUGAAUCAGACAGGCUGGCUCUUAAGGACAAUGAAGAAACUCAGAAUGAACCGGAAUUAGCGGUCAAUCAAGUUGACUAAAACUUAAAUAAAAAUGAUUUUAGUUGUAAAAUUUUGUAUUACUAAAAAACACAUAAAUGUGAUUUUCGUAAAA